AAUUCAAUGAGCUGCAUUGAGCGAACAGUUUAUGUGGCACAACUUUCGGCAAUAAAACUAUUCUGAUAAAAUAGUCUCUUUCUUUAUGAUUCCAACGACUAAACCAUGAGCAUACCGUCUCGACACUACACGACGUAGAAGGAUCACUCAUGUCCUAAACCCGGAUGUUUAUCUUAGGUCCCGUAUGUGAUCAUGGCUGGAGACAAGACUCUAGCUGUUCGUGCUGUAUUGACAGCCCAUGGAGAGCUGCAGGGAUUUGAGUAUGGGCUAAAAUUUAGUGAAAAACAUGAUUCAAGUUGUGUAUUGUCCGACCAUGAUUUGUUGGUGGAAUGUUUGAGGAAACUGAGAGAAGACAGUGGGAAGGCGAUGACACAACUGGUGGAUAUAGAGAAGGCGAAGAAAGGAAAUACAGAUGCUGACAAAGAAGUAGAAGACUUAGAUGGUCUGGCUGACAGUGAUGAUACUGAUGACGACAGUGAUGUAGAUACAGUCAAUCCAACUAACAGCAAUGAACGAGAACCUGCUAGUAAAAAGCCUCGGACAUGAUACAUUUUGUUGUACUCUCUUUUCUGGAGAGAGGGCACACAACGGGCAGCAGUCAUGCUGAUAAAAGUACUCAACUAUGUCUCUGAGCAUCAAAACAGACCACCAGUGUGUCACAUACCUCUAACACUCAUGCAUGUGUCAUGCACCACAAAUUACAA